GUACUUACCAGUCCUACUUUUGUAUGGUUUUGUGGCUGCAGUCAAUAAAAGGACAGCAAGCUUUUGUCACACAAUUAAAUAGUUCACACAGUUUUCACACCGCAAAGGGCGAGUUAAUGGAAGCUGAUACCACAUUUAGGACAAUAUAAGAGAACAGAAACAUGCAGUAACACACACAACAGAAGCAGUCGCAAAUUAAUGACUUCUUGUUGAUUCGUUUUUGUGAACAUAAUGGAACAUCAGAACAUAUAUGAGAUUCCCUCUCAGGAUUCUGCCAGAGAAACUGUGGCAGUUGAAAUUAACAAUUUUUCUGAGUCAGAUAAUGGAUUUUUACCUGAAGUCGUCUAUGUGAGGGUAAAAUAUGAUGGAAAAGACUACAUGUGCUGCUCAGUGUUCAACAUCAUGUUUUGCAACUGCUUGUUUCUAGGUUUUGCUGCAUUGAUAUGUUCACUAAAGGCGAGAAGCAAGAUGAAUGAGGGAGACAUAGUGAAGGCUCAGAAGUACAGUCGACGUGCAUGUAGAACAAACACAGUGGCCGUGAUUGUGACCAGUGCAGCUCUAACUGUGUUCUGGUCAUUUAUUUUGGUGGAGUCUUUAAUGAUGGUGUUAUCUUCCAUAAUUCACCUGGGGCUUCCUCAGCAAGUUCCUCUGACAGUUCUUUUCCCUCUUUUGAACUGUCUUUUGAAGGGUCAAAUUCAAAAUCACCAAAUAAUGGUCGAAGAUACAACUCUUAUCCAUCUGGAAGCAACAAUAAUAGAAGCCCUCCAAGAACCUCAUACAAUGGAGGAAGAUGGAGAGGGUGAGGACAAAAAUACAAAUGAUACUGUGAGAUGCAUAUGACCAUCUCAGUUUUAUUGAAAUGUCAUAAUAAUGUCAUAAAUUUAGUCUGAUUAGCAGUAUUUGGAUUAGAAAACUUUUCUAAAUUUAUAUUACUAUGUUACAGUCAUCAAGGUCAGGUAAUUUGCUUCUGAUAUCACUUGCUAAGAAGACAUAAGGAUAUAAAAAUGUCUUGAUUGUAUUGUCUUCUAUUUAUGUUUGAGCAUGUUACUAGCUUUAACAUAAUGUAUUUUGGUGGUUUCUUUGGUAUUUUUUUGUAUUUUGGUGGUUUUGUACUUACAGAAUUUAAAUAACUCUUAUGAAACUAUACAUGCAUUUUCAUUUAUUUUUUAAAGGCAAUAACGAAAAGCAGGUGUUUCCUGAGGGUUAC